GAGCUAUAUAUCACGAGAAGCUGGAUAUGACCAUUUUCCUAUUUUAUUUUAAAGCGACUAUAUUACAAUGAAUACACGCUGACAUGAAUGAGUAGUUCACUCGCGCAAAUGAUCUGAAAUUGUAUUAUUUAUUUUUUUAAACAAAUCUUUAAACGAUGGAAGCCGCAGCACAAAGGCGCAAAUGGGAGUGCUGGUGGAUUGCUUUGUGUUUCUCUUUGCUGCUGAGGUUCGGGCUGCAAGUUUCAACUCAGAUACGAUAUUCUAUACCAGAGGAGGUAAAUGGGGGAUCUGUUGUGGGAAAUAUCGCAAAGGAUUUGGGUCUUGAUGUGAAUACUCUGGUGGACAGGCGUUUCCGUAUCGUCUCUGGAUCGAAAGACGCUCUUUUGGAAGUAAAUCAGAACAACGGUGAAUUGUAUGUGAGGAAGAAAAUUGACAGAGAGGAGUUGUGUGAUGGAAAUAGUGUGUGCCUGAUAAAUCUGAAAAUCGCCGUUGAAAAUCCACUUGAAAUACAUUAUGUUGGAGUAGAAAUCACAGACGUGAAUGAUCACAGUCCUCGUUUUCCCGAGAAAGAACAGCAUUUUGAAAUGGCUGAAAACACGAUUGAAGGUGCACGUUUCGAGCUCCAAACUGCAAGAGAUCCUGACAUUGGAAGUCAUUCUAUUCGGUUUUAUAAAUUAGCAAAGAGUAAUUUUUUUGAGCUAGAAAUGAGAGACGGUGACGAAGAGGAAACAAAUCCAAUUUUAGUCUUACUUAAACCUUUAGACAGAGAGCAAAAUUCAGAGCAUAGACUCGUGUUGACUGCUGUGGAUGGAGGCAUUCCCCCAAAGUCAGGUACAUUGAAUAUUACUAUUACUGUUCUUGAUACCAACGAUAACCGCCCUGUAUGUAGUAAAGAUAUAUAUUCAGUAACGCUUCCAGAAAACACACCUAUAGGGACCGUAAUGGCACGCGUAAAUGCCACUGAUUCUGAUGAGGGUUUAAAUGGGGAGGUCAUUUACACUCUGGGAAAAACUAGUAGACGAAAAGUUCAUGAAAUAUUUAGCCUUGAUAGCGUAACUGGCGAAAUUCAGAUUAAAGAGCCAAUCGAUUUUGAGGAAAACGAGAUACAUAGAUUGACCGUCCAGGCUACGGAUAAGGGUCAGCCGCCGAUGACCACUGACUGCAGAGUCAUUAUAAAGAUCACAGACGAAAAUGAUAAUUAUCCCGAGAUAGACGUCACGUCCCUUUCUAACACAAUUUCAGAGAAUGCAAAACCUGGAACUGUAAUAUCUCUGAUUAGUGUAUCAGAUAAAGACUCUGGUGUUAAUGGCAAGGUUGUUUGUAGUCUUUCAGAGAAUGUUCCGUUCGAGUUAAAGCGAUCUGUUCAGGAAAACAUGUAUUCUUUAAUUACUAAAGAACGCUUGGACAGGGAAUUUAUCGCAGAUUAUGAAAUCAUAAUCAAAGCCAGUGACUUAGGUCAGCCACCUCUCUCUUCUUUUAAAACUGUUACUGUGCAGGUGGCUGAUGUUAAUGAUAAUAAACCAGAGUUUGUCAAAAAUCCCCUCGAGCUGUAUUUAGUGGAAAAUAACACUCCUGGUGUAUCAGUAUUCUCCGUGAGCGCGUCAGACAAAGAUCUGAAUGAAAAUGCCGCGAUCUCAUAUCAGAUAGCUAGAGGAAAUGGAACAGAGAGUGACAUGUCUUCGUUUCUCAGUAUUGAUCAUGGAAGUGGCGUUAUCCAUGCGCUUAAAAGUUUCGAUUUUGAAUCUGUUAAAAAGUGUCAGUUCCAUGUUCUUGCUACAGACUCUGGAACUCCGUCUCUGAGCAGUAACGUGACAGUGAACGUGUUUAUUCUGGAUCAGAACGACAAUGUUCCAGUGAUCUUAUAUCCAGUCAGCGCUAACGGUUCUGCUGAGGGUGUGGAAGAGAUUCCCCGUAAUGUGAACGCAGGUCAUUUGGUGACUAAAGUCAGAGCCUAUGACGCAGAUAUAGGAUACAACGGCUGGUUAUUAUUUUCACUGCAGGAAGUUAGUGACCACAGUCUCUUUGGUUUGGACCGCUACACAGGACAGAUAAGGACCCUUCGCUCAUUCACAGAAACAGACGAGGCCCAGCAUAAACUGAUCAUACUGGUCAAAGACAAUGGGAACGUUUCUCUCUCAGCAACAGCGACUGUGAUUGUCAAAGUUGUGGAGCCCAAAGAGGCUUUUGCAGCUUCUGAUGUAAAAAAUACAGUUAAAGACGAGGAGGAAAACAAUGUGACAUUUUAUUUGAUCAUUACUUUGGGCUCGGUUUCGGUGCUUUUUGUCAUCAGCAUCAUCGUGUUGAUUGCAAUGCAGUGCUCUAAAUCGACAGACUAUUCGUCCAAGUAUUUACAGGACACAAAUUAUGACGGGACUCUGUGUCACAGCAUCCAGUACAGAUCUGGAGACAAACGGUACAUGUUAGUUGGACCCAGAAUGAGUAUCGGCUCUACUAUAGUCCCAGGCAGUAAUGGAAAUACUCUAGUGAUCCCAGAUCGCAGGAGGAGAGAUUCUGGAGAGGUAAGAGUACAUGAAAUAUAUUAA